GUAAUAUUGUAAACCGCCGCAUUAUGCCCCUUUUCUUUCAAGUCAACUUGAAGAAGAAACAAGUGUCGAUUUGAAUAUCCAAAUAGUCUCUCCCAUUGUAAUUCCAUGAUUUUGUGACUCGGCUCGUCCUCUUUUCUUUGCCUGAUUUGAUCCUUGUAAAUAGAAAUUUAAAUUUUGUAAAUAAUUUUAUAGGUGAAAUGUUUCAUGAAAAUUCUCCGUAAGUAGGCUACUUUUUCAUACUUCUCUUGACAAAAACAAGACUCUCGCUCGUUUUUAACGAGGAAUGUAAGUAUCCACAAUUCACCUGAAAGACAUUUAAUCCUACUUCAAUGGAAAUACACUAUACUAAGACCUUCAUGAUUGAAAUAUCCUCUACGCCACAAGUGAUUCAAUUGAACCAUAAGAGAUCCGGAACAUUUCAUUCUCACCCUGUGAUGUUUGUUUUUUCUCUUCGAGAGAUUCUUGGCACAGUUACUUUGGCACAAAUCUGAGAUUAUCCAUCAAACCAUAAGCCUUGUAUCAAUCCUGAAAGCCUCUUAUAUUUAUUGCCCCACAUAUGGUAUGUGUGCAUUUUACAGCUUAUAUUAAAAUCAAGACAUGAAAUGUCUGUACUCUAUACAUGUUUUGGUGUAAUUUCCGAAGUCGAAUCUGCAGAAGAAUCUGAGACUCUAUUGUAGAAAACUUUAAUAAUUAACUCUGAUGGUUUUUAAGACUUAAAAAAGAUAGUGGUUUAACACCGGAAGAGGAAGUUUCAUAUUCAAAUUCUCUUUAGCAGCGAAAUGAGCCAAAUCCAUCUUGAAUGCGAUUCCCAUACACCCAUAAAUCUGAGAAUCUCAUGCACAAAUAUGCACAUGCACGCAAUUGUGCAUAAUUACCAUCUCUUAAGCUGAGUACAUUGGAUGCACAUUUCCCAAAUUGCCGGUCAAAUAGUAUAGCAUGACAUAUCUGCCCGUUCAACGUAAUAUAGUUCAAGAAUCAUUCUUUAUUUUUAUCUACGUACAGACAGCAUUUAAAACCACUCAGUUUUCGAUGUUGUACAAGAUCCUUUAUGAGCGUCGGUUUUCUGAAGGGGUCCUCGAUAUACUCCAUUUAUAUGUGAUGAUGUGGAUUUUAAAUAAUAAGUUAAUAUUAAAUAUUCCAGGACACAACACAUGUGGUAAAGUGUAAAGUUAAUGCAAAGCGGUAAAUCAAAUUAAUUCGGGGAGUGUGAUGGUGUACACUGUUGCAAAAUAAUGGCCGAACAACAGUCCUCAUCAAAAAUAUAAAUAGUUCAAAUUGCAUUCUGGCAUAUAUUCUGUCUUAAUCAUUUAUCCGUGCCAUAAUCAUACGUUCCAGCAUGCAUUUAUGGUCGAUAUAUGGGGCUUUAGUCACUAUUGCAGUGAUAUGGCUGAAGGUCAAUGCUCAAAUUAUUACUAAGGACACAGUAACAAAUGGCCCAGUUUCGAUCACUGACAAAAUUAUCAACGUUAAGCGGGGAUACUAUUGGUCAAUUUUCAACUGGGAACUGCCAGACUUUUUGUACCCUAUCAAUGUUCAGGGCCAAUUUUAUAUCUACUUUGGCUUGCCAAAUAAAACGUUAAGGAUUCGUCAAGUUAAUGGUCCAUUCUACAAUUUUGGUUUAGUAUAUUUCAAAGCACUGCUUGCAUCUGCUCUCUUUGAUCUCCGUCCCCAAUCAUUUAAUAACUUAGGUGACUUAUACUUCAUAUCUGACAGACUGCCUAGCGUAUCAUUUUCCAUUUGGUGCAACCCUUGGACAAAUUACCUUGGUGGUUCCAUAUAUAUGUACAGUGAUGCUAGACAGCCCAAUAGUGUUAUAUUUGGAAAUUCUCCCCCACAGAUAGUAAAUGAUGGUCAGAUUUGUUUAAGAAACAAUAGAUGGAAGGCUACAUCUGUGAUUAUUGGUUCUGGCUGUAUUGAUAUUGGUGUAAACUCCAAUUUUCAGUACAAUUUGUAUAAACAACCAUUUAAUCCAAAGCAAACACUUUACCUCUCGACGCCUACGUCUACUUUGCUGUUGGGGGGUCAGGGCCAGACUGAAAAGUAUUUAGUCGCAGGUUUUGGAGGAGGCAAUAUGAUCUCUUUAACGUUCCCAAUCACAAAAUUUGCUUACGGUACGAACACCGGAGUUUUGACCCUUACUGCUGCUAGUUAUAUUAUAAACAUAACAAUUGGAAAGGGAUAUGAUAAAAGUCUUUUUGAAAUUACACAAGCUGACCUUGGUCCUGGAGUAGGAUUAUCUCCGCUUAAUGGUGUAAUAACAUAUAAUGGGGCUGUUCCUGUUGGUAGUACCAGUCAUGGUGUCUGUACAAUUUGCAAAGAUGAGCCGGAAUAUCCUCCUCCACCCCCAGCAACAUGAAGAUGAUUUUACUUGCUCUUUGUACGUUGCAGACUAUAAGCUAAUCAUAUCAAGACUAGUAGAAAUGCAUAGUAUUUAAUAUAGACUCUCAUUUGAAGUAAAGUAGUACUAGAUAUUUCUCUGAGUGAACUAACUUUGUGACGUUCAUAAUGAAUUUGAGAACUCGCGCCUUGACUUGUAUUGAUCCUCUGCGUUUAAGAUGUUGAUGGCUGCAAAAAACAAUUUCCUAAACUAUAUUAAGGUAGAAAACUAGCGAGAGUAGUAAAGUUUCAAGAAUCUUACGAAGAACUCAUAAAAUAGCGUAUUAAAAAUUCCUCUUUCCCUUUAUGUCCACUGUAUUUAGUUCAAAAUAUUCAUGGAGGGGUUUUUUCUUGAAUGGAACGAAACUAUACGUACAUAUAUAUAUUUUCAAAACCUAAAGUAUUAUUCAAAAAAGCAGCUAUUUUCAAACGAUAGUUACCAUACACUUAUUAGAUACUGAAGUGAUUUGUUGUGUGACUUGCUGAUUUUUUGAUAAACCGGUGUGCUCCAAGUGAUGUGAUUUAUCUUCCAGAAUUGAGCAAUUCCGCUUAUGCGAAGAUAAUAUUUUUGAUAUGGAUUGUCUUUUCC